AUGAGCGAUCACCAGAAUAUCUCCGAGGCUGCGGUCAGUGCCGGCCCUGCCUCGAACCAACCCGACACGAUCGAUACGCCGCCUGUCGCAAACGCUACUAUGGAUGCUGAAAUGUCAGUAGCAAGCUCAGCUACUGAGACUCCAGUCCAGUCCUCGACUUCUACUCCUAUGACCCCCAUGAUCCCAGGUCUUGGUCUUGUCAACGGCCCCAACGACCAGUCCACUGAGCAACCGGCACAGCCCACUAUGCCGACCACCGUCGAUCCAGAGUUAGAUGUCUCUGUGGUCAAGGACGCGACAGCUGAACCCUCGGUGACAAUGGAGGAAACCACCGAUGCUGUCAAAAAUGGACAAAUCGAGACUCUUGCCCGGCAGGAGCAAGCGGAGGGAGCCCACGAGGCGAUGGAGGUUGAUCAGAUGCCCGAGCUUAGCAGCACAGAGAAUGCAAAUGGAACUUCAGAAGCCCAGAUGGGAGAUGCGCAAGAAGAGGGGGAGGAAGAGCACCCUGAAUGGGAAGUUGACUCUUCCCCAUACGAGUCAUCAUCAGAUAGCUCCUCCGAUUCCGAUGACAGCGACGACGAAGACUACCCGAUCCUCACUCCCGAAGAACAGGCCCGGAUUCUAAUGAUGGCCGAAGGUGGCUCUGACGAUGAAGGCGAUGGCAAGGGCAAAUCCGGUGGCUAUAUUCGGUCUACCAACGAGGUUGCGGAGGACGUCUUGCCUAUCCCGGAUGUCACGAUCACUCCAGAGAUGAACAUUGUCUACCUAGGCAAAGUACAAGCAGCUAUCGAAAAUGCCGUCCUUGUCGAGGCCAACACCUCUGGAGAAUAUCAGGUCCUUGAGUCGGGGUCUUUGCUCUGUUCUGAGGAUCGCAAGAUCAUGGGUGUUGUGUCAGAAACCCUGGGCAGAGUUGAGCACCCGCUGUACACUGUGAUGUUCUCAACUGCCGCAGAAGUCCAGGAAAGAGGCUUGGUGAAGGAUAUGCCCAUCUACUAUGUCGAGUCACACUCUACUUUCGUCUUUACCCAACCGCUUAAGGGCCUGAAGGGCAGUGAUGCUUCAAACUUCCACGACGAGGAGGUCGCCGAGGAUGAGAUGGAGUUCUCUGAUGACGAGGCUGAGGCCGAUUACAAACGGCAGUUGAAGCAAAAGCGACAAGAGAGAAAGGACGCCAGAGAUGGCGGAAAGCCUAAGAGAGGACCCCCGGGACCCUCGAAACUGGGUCAAUCAGAACUUAACUAUGAUGAGGGAGGUGAAGAAGGCUACACACCUCUUGCUCGCCCGAAGAACCUCCACGAGAUGAUGGGCACCCACGAAGCACCCGUUGAGGGUAGUGGAUCUGGUUUCCGUGGAGGCAGAGGCCGUGGCCGAGGCACUGACCGCGGUCGGGGAGGUCGUGGCAGAGGAGGUGCUGGAAGAGGCGGAUCUCGGGAGCAAGACCAGGAUCGUCGGCCUCAACAACCGACUGGAGGCUCUUCUUACGGCCAGCCCGCACAAGCUCCUCAGCACCAGCAGGCUUCCUACGGCCAACCGGCGUACCCUCAACAGCAACAGCCUGCUUUCGGCAUGCCGCAGCCUUUCGCUGGGUACCAGCAAUUUGCUCAGCAAUACGCACAGCAGUAUGCGGCCCAGCAGCAACAAGCUCCUCAAGGCGCACCUACACAAUUCCCCUUCCAGUUCCCCUUCGCACAAGCUUUCCCUCAGCCGAACCCUUUCCAGCCUGGAAUUCCUGCGCAGGCACACAUAAACCCUCUCUUCUUGGCUGCUUUGCAGCAGCAACAGCAGCAACAACAAUACCAGCAACAGCAACAACAACAGCAACCGCAACAAUACCAGCAGCCCCAGCAAGCUCCUGCACAGGGUCAACAGCAGAACCCAGCUAUGAAUUUUGAUCAGGUCAAGGCCCAGUUGGAUAUUUUGCGGAACUUGAACAACGGCCAGCAGGGACCUCCACCUUCCUAA